AUGCCCACAUCUUGCGUCGCCUCAUACCCCCAAGAGCUUCUUGCUACUAUCUGCGCUCACAUAUUUGCGGCAGGCUCACCCACGCCGCCCGAGUCCACUUCGCUCGACCCUCUCUAUCUUUCCGACUUCGACACACAAGUACCCACAAAAUUUCCUUCCUCCUACCCUGCGGCUAACUGGUCUGAACCAGUUUCUCGCCGCACCCUCGCCAACCUUUGCCUUGUCAACCACGCCUGGUACGAAGCAGCAAAGCCAUGGCUGUGGCGUCGUGUAGAGGUUCGCCUGCCUCGGAGUUGGUUGUCCUUGGUCGAAGAAAUUGCGGGAGGUGACGAUGAAGAAGUUAAUGCAGAGCAGACUGCCCGAGUUAUCGGCAAGUCUAUUCAAGAUGCUGCUCAAGCCGCUGCUCUUAGCGCAGCCACCCCUUUCGGUAUCGUCCUUGGAGAGGGUCAUCCACGACUGGAUGACGAGGCGACUUUGAAGAUGAAGGAGCGGAUCCUCGAGUCACUCAGCGGGCCAGGCAGCUCUAUACCACCGGAACUCCUCUCACCUCCCGCUUCCCGUGAGCCGAGUCCGAAGAGACCAAGGCAGAAGAGCAAGUCUCCUGCUCGGUGGACCCUUAUGCGUUCCAUUACCACUGCCGUUCAAGACCUCGUAGGGCGUUCGGAGCACGGUAUAUACGUUCCGGCUAUGCAUGACCCCCGUCCUGGCAGAUUCGUUCGACAUCUCGACUUCAAUCAUUUCAGAACGAUUGGUAUGCGUCGCUCCGUCGAGGAGGGUGUCAACAGCCGGUUUGUGACCGGCACGAGGCUCGAGGCCCUACUUAAAGAAACGCCCAAUCUCUCUGCGUUUGGCGCCACUGAGUACAUGGACGGUGCACUGACUUUGCCGGUUCUCAAGGAGCUUUUCCUGAGAGGCGAGCCGUCUCGUGGACGCGGACAGCCGCUCCGAGGCCGGGGGCUUGUCCUUGAUGAUCCCAAUGACUCCGAAGCCGAAGAUAUUGCUCGACGGCGCGAGUGCAAGGAACUUGAAGCUAUUGACCUCACCGGUUGCGUCAGUGCUGUCUUUGUCAACGCACUGACCGAGUUCGUCAACACCUGUCUUAUUCCCACACCCGAAUCAGACUCUGCGUCUUCUACAUCCAGUGACGAAGAAGAUGGCGACUCCUCUUUCGACCGUACGCGGUCGACACGUUCCCGAGCAUCAAGACGGCAUAAAGUCGAACCGCUCACUUUCCCUGGUAUCCAGCGUCUUAACCUCCGCGGUACCAAAUCUAUAUCACCACAGAUUCUCCAACCAUUCGUCCUCGCCUUCACCAAUCUCACUCAUCUCGACCUCUCCUGUACGCGUAUUGCCCCCGAAUUACUCUCAGAACUUUCGACCUCCUCCACUCUCCGUCUCAAAUCACUCUCCCUUGGCCGCUGCAUCCGUCUUACGGGUGCCAGCAUUCGCGAUUUCCUCGUCUAUGCUCCUGCAACACGCGAUAUAACCGAGUUGAGCCUCUACGGCGACGGAACAUUCCCCUGUCCACUCUCCAAGGAUGAGCUUCGCGAACUGCUCACCUCCGCGCCAUGCUUCACCAGCAGCAACCUCGUUUACCUCGACCUUUCAAGCGCCCUCCUUGACCGUGAGAUCCUGGACAAGAUCCCACCCCAGCCGCGUCUCAGAUCACUCGGCCUCUCAUCCAUCCCGGAUCUUAGUCUCGAGGCAGUAGCGACCUUUCUCAAGAAACAAGCUCCGAACGUAGAAGUGCUCGCACUCCUCGGCACGUCACCCGAGCUGGGCUAUGGCGACUUGCCCGUCCCCGGUCCUGGCCAGGCCACGGCGAACGGACCGGGCGGCGUAGGUGCCACAUUGCGUCGUGUACCACUUCGUCAGGCUUCGAUGAACAUUCACGCGCACAUCAUCCGACCACUGUGCACCCCUCCGUACUCGUCUAACCUCUUCUCAUCACCUGGGAAGUCGAAGCCCAAAAGCGCACCGACAAGGCUUAGGGUCGUUGAGCUUGCUACGCCCCUUCUGGCGGCGCUGGGUGCCGGGGCAGGAAGUUGGAAGAUCGUCAAGAGUAAGGGUGGAAGGGGGUGGUAUGUCGAUACGGCGAGUGGAUGGAUCGCGAGUGGGGACGGAGAGGAUGGGGAGUCUGUAUUCAGGCGAGAUUUGGAGAUGGGACACCCGUGGAGGACGAUGGUGGAGAAGUUGGCGGAGGCGAACGGGAAUGUGAGCAGUGGGGUGGGUUGGCAUGCGAGGAAGAUGGAGGUUCUGCAUGGGCAUGGGUUACUCGGCCGUGAAGAUGGGCUGUACGGUGCAGUAUCAUUCGCAUACCAAGGUUAAUUCCGUCAUAGGUCGCACCAUCGAUGAUAAUGAUGAACAAACUCAUAAACGUGCGAUUACCCACGCCAUUUUUCCUUUUUGAAUGUACUAUCUUCUUACUCUCAAGCCUCGCUAUGUACGAACGGCGGCGAUUGCAACCUGUUUUUGUUAUGCUCUCGUCCAUGCUUUCAUCCACUUCAUUUUUCCACGUUCUAACAACCAUGACUCUCGGUGUUUAUUGCUACGUGCCUCGAAGUUGCCAUUCUACGUCUCACUGGGUUUAAUGGGGUCCUGACCCUCGGCGUCGUCCUUACGCACUGUCAUAUAUUUGUUCAUGCUAGCCAGCUUUCCAUCUCUCUGCCCCAACACAUCUUUUGACUAUCUUUCAUGUAUGUACACGAGUUUAAUACCAUUUAAUCAUCAUCAUU